AGACAGCAGGUGUCGCUGUAUCAUUGAACAGCCAAUGAUAUAUGUGUAACUGUAAACCAAUGAGUUUCACACUGAAGGAAGACUAGAAAUUUUCUGUUGUUGAUCCUUCAUUUACAUUAAACCAUUUUACAAAUUCAGGAAGUAGAUCAUAUUGCAGCCGUUGCUUUGCUCAACCCCAGAAGACACCCAUUACGGAAGAGGGCGGAGACUAAACCCACAUACUUUCUUUAGCAUCAACUUGUGCGGGUUUUUGAUCAGUAUCUUCUGAAGAAUUCGCGUUUCUCUGGGUUUUUGACAAUCUCCUGGAGACCCCAACAAUCAGCUUCUCCGGUUUUUGACAAUCUGCUGAAAAAAAUCGAGCUUAUAAAAUGAAUUACCAAGGAUAUGGCGCACCUCCUGCAGCGGGCGGGUAUCCUGGUGGAUUUCCUGGACAGCAGCAGGACCCUCUGUAUGGAUACUUCACUGCUAUCGCUGGUCAAGAUGGCCAAAUAUCUGCAGAAGAACUUCAGGCUUGUUUGACUCAAGCCAAUUUCUCUGGUGGCUAUAGACCUUUCAACCUUGAGACAUGUAGACUGAUGAUCAGCAUGCUUGAUAGAGACAUGUCUUACUCGAUGGGCUUCAAUGAGUUCAAAGAAUUGUGGGCAGUGCUCAAUGGCUGGAAGCAGCACUUCAUGAGCAUUGACAGGGAUAUGAGUGGCACAGUCGACCCACAGGAAAUGAAUCAGGCCAUUUCCUCUAUGGGGUACAGACUGAGUCCUCAGGCCAUGAACAGCAUAAUCAAGCGCUACAGCUCUCAAGGAAAGAUCACGUUUGAUGAUUAUGUGGCUUGCUGUGUCAAACUAAGGAGCUUGACUGAUGUGUUCAGAAAGAGGGACCAAGCACAACAGGGAAUGGCGACAUUUCAAUAUGACGAUUUCAUCCACUGCACCAUGAGCAUCUAAGAGAAGCCUUGGGAUUCAUGCUGAAGGAUGCAAAAUAAAAAAAGCAAACAAACAUGUGCUUUAGUUUUCACUAUAAAGUAUACAUUUUUUCAACAGCCACUUGUCAUAUCUGUAACAAUAUUGUAGUAAUUAUGCAACAUAUUACUUAGAUUUAAAACAUUAUUGUUUUCAUGAAGUUAGCUAUGCCAAUAAAUUACUUAAAUGUACAGGAUCAUAUAUAAAAAUGUAAUCGUAUAACCUAUAUAAAGGAUAGUUUAACACCAUUAGUUGCACUAUAGCAUUCAACCUGUGGAACUUUAUCAGGGCAUUUAUAUAUUUCCAUGACUUGUUUGAGUGUCUUAAUCUGAUGUGGGUUGUUAUGAGCAGCUUGUAAUUGUGACAAGUGCUAAACUUCUAAUCAACAUACAAGUGCUUUUAAAUGGAGUUAAAUUGUAUGUAACGCCAAAUAAUUAAGGAUUCAACUUUAUUUUUGUGAUCUGUUUGUAUACAUUUUUCAUUUAAUACGAAAUAAUUACUUUGAAAUAACACACCAGCUAAGACAUUCUCUGUUUGGCUUCAUGAAUUACAGCAUAACACCAUCAUAGUGCUUUGUAACAUCUUUGUGUUUCACGAUCUUUAAACAGACCAUGAUAUGAA